AUGGCGCAUCCCCUGCUAGACACCGCCGCCGAGCUAGGCAGCGAGUCUGACGACGGCGACUACGACGAGGAAAAUGCCGGCCAGAAUGAGGGCAAGCCGGCCCGCAAUACACGCGGAAUGGACGACUCCAGCGAGGAGGAAGACGAGGACGACGACGAGGAAGCCGCCGCCGCUAUUCGCGAAGGCUUCAUCGUUGACGAAGAUGAAGAGGAUGAAGAGGAGCGGCGCGCCCGCAGGCGCGAGAGGAGAAAGAGGCGGCGGGCCGAGCGUGAGGAAGAAGAAGCUGCCUUAGACGAGGAGGACCUUGACCUCAUCGGCGAGACAGUCCCUCGGGAGCAGCCCACUCAGUCCAAAUUCAAGCGCCUCAAGCGCGGCCACAGGGAAGAGCGUCCGGAACGAGGCCCCCGCGGUGUCGACGAUAUUUUCUCCGAUGAAGACGAGGACCUUGGCGACGGAUAUGACGAGAGGCCCUCCCGCCGGGAACAGAGGGGCGGCGUCACCGAUGAAUUCGCCGACUUCAUUGAAGAAGACGUCUUCGACGACGAAGAGGGCUUACAAGACGAGGAAGACCGAGAGGUCGCCAGGCCUGGCAAGAGGACCGUUGCCGGUGUGGGUUUCCCGGAGGCUGGAUUGGAUGAGGCCGAAAUGGAGGAUUACCGGAAUGCAUUCGGCGAUGGCACAGAAUACGACUGGGCCUUGGAGCUUCAAGAACAGAAGGACGAGGAGGAACUGGGAGACGAGAAGCCUUUGGAGCUGAAGGAUGUGUUCGAGCCAUCCCAGCUCGCAGAGAAGAUGAUGACGGACGAGGACAACACGAUCCGUUUUACUGACGUCCCUGAGCGGUUCCAGCUUGCUAGGAAGCCAUUCAAACCACUGGAACUCGACGAAGAUGAAAUGGCAAACCGUUUGGGUGUAGAGGCCCUCUGGGUAUCCAAACUCCUCUGGCCCAAGAAGCGCCUUGGCCAAAGCUGCGAACAACCCUUCCAGAAGGCCGUUCGAAAGGUCUUGGAGCUCAUGAAUAUCGAGGAUCUGGAAGUUCCUUUCAUCUUCAACCACCGGAAGGACUACUUGAUCCACUCCAGCUCCCAGCAAGAUCAAGACGACAUUGACGGAAAUUCCGGGCCCCAGCGACUUCUCACUCAAGCAGACCUAUGGGAAAUCUUCGAACUGGACUUGAAAUUUCGAGCUUUGUCAGAGAAACGAGAGGCCCUCAUCAAGACCUACGACACGCUGAGGACCAUUUCAAAUGUUGAGGAUCCUGUGUUCGAGAUGCUUCUCACAAAGGCCGAAUCGAUUGAAGAGAUCCAGGACAUCCAAGACUACAUCCAUUUCACGUACUCGGCUCAGCUCAAAGACGUCAAUACCAUGGAGGCGGAAGCCGGCACUGGUGUCCAGAAACGGACGCGCGGCGGCAACACCGUGUAUGAGAGAAUCCGAGCAAGCAAGGUCUACAACCUUGUUCGUGCCAUUGGCAUCACUCCUGACGAUUACGCGAAGAACCUGCAGAAGGAAGGCCACCGUUUGUAUCCUGAGGAUCCCCAAGAAAUGCCAGAGGAUAUGGCCGAUCAUCUAUUGGAGCCUCCGGAGUACCAGACUUCCGCUGCAGUCCUGCGUUCAGCAAAGGCGAUGUUUGCGGAAGAGCUUGUCAUGAGCCCGAGGAUGCGGAGCAUUAUGCGACGCACCUUCUACACCAGUGGACUUUUCGACAUCUACCGAACCGAGAAGGGUCUCCGCAAGAUCACUGAGGAUCAUCCGUACUACGAAUUCAAGUAUCUGCGCAACCAGGAGUACACAGCCAUGGCUAGGAGGCCUGAGUUGUUUUUGCGGAUGCUUAAGGCCGAAGAUGAAGGCAUGGUUGAAGUCAAAGUCCGCUUGCAGAACUACGACAGGAUCAAGGAAGAGUUUAGGUCACUGCUCAGCUCGGAUGGAACUAGCGAUCGUGCCGCGAACUGGAACAAGUUUCGGUCAGAGAUCCUGGAUAUGGCUUUGCCUAAGCUCGAAAGGAUCAUUGCCAAAGGUGUCAAGGAGACUGUCAAGGCAGAGUGCGAGAAUGCUCUGGCCAGACAAUGCAAGGACAGAUACGCAGAGAAGUUGGAUCAGGCGCCGUACAAGCCGAAGGGCAUGCAACUUGGUACCAUCCCCAGAGUUCUCGCACUGUCCAACGGUAACGGUAUUCCUGGCCGCGACGCUGUCUGCUAUGCCUGGGUUGAUGAGGAAGGCCGUGUGCUCGAGCAAGGAAAGUUCAACGACCUCCGACCUGGAAACAAAGAAAAGUACAUUCCUGACGCGAAGGAUAUCGAGGACCUUGUUGAGUUGAUUCAGCGGCGGAGACCCGAUGUCAUUGGCGUAUCCGGCUUCUCCGUGGAGACUCGCAAGCUCUACAAGGAUCUCCAACAAAUCGUGGAUGAUCAUGAUCUCCAUUGCGCUGACUACGAAGACGAGGACGGCAACGAAAAGAGCGACAAGCUUGAGGUCGUCAUGGUCAACGACGAGAUUGCACGACUUUACCAUACCAGCGACAGGUCCAAUGUGGAUCAUCCUGGCCAGCCUCCGUUGGUGAAGUACUGUAUCGCCCUAGCCCGUUUCCUGCAAAGCCCCUUGAAGGAAUACGCUGCUCUCGGCAAAGACAUCAUCUCAGUUUCCUUCGACCCGAACCAAAUCCUUCUCCCGCAAGACAAACUCAUGAAGUACCUGGAGAUGGCGAUGGUGGACAUCGUGAACCUUGUCGGCAUUGAGAUCAACGAUGCCAUCGCCGACUCUUAUCUCGCGAACUUAAUCCCGUACGUGUGUGGUCUUGGGCCAAGAAAGGCACAGCAGCUUCUCAAGGUCACCAAUCUCAACGGCGGAGUUGUAUACACGAGGGACGAGCUUGUAGGCGACCCUGACAAGAAGGUUCUUCCAUCCGUUGGCCCCAAAGUCUGGACGAACUGUGCCAGCUUCCUCUACAUCAGCUAUGACCCGACAGAGCCAGAAUCCGACUACCUGGACUCCACUCGUGUGCAUCCUGAAGAUUAUGAUCUUGGUCGCAAGAUGGCGGCGGAUGCACUUGAGAUGGACGAGGAAGACAUCAAGGCCGAACAAGAUGAGAAUGGCCCCGGCGCGGUAGUAAAGAGGCUCAUCCGUGAGGAUGCUCAAGAAAAGGUCAACGACCUGGUCCUGGAAGAAUAUGCCGAGCAGCUGGAGGCACAAUUCCAUCAGCGAAAGCGCGCCACCCUCGAGACCAUCCGUGCCGAAUUGCAGGUGCCAUAUGAGGAGUUGCGCAACAAGUUUACUUACAUGACAUCUGACGAGAUCUACACCAUGCUCACCGGAGAGACUCGUGAGUCGCUAUCUGAGGGCAUGAUUGUUCCCGUGAAGAUUCGACGUGUCUUCCCCGACCACAUCGAAGGACGCUUGGACUGCGGCAUGGAAGCCAUCUGCAACGAGCCUGAGUUCCCCAACAAUGUGGGUGGGGAGCGUGGUAUUGACCCGAGGCAAGUGUUUCAGUCGAACCAGACUGUGCAAGCAAAGGUUACCUUCCUUAAUCGGAAGGCAUUGUCCUGUCAGGUUUCUUUCAACGAGAAACAACUUAAGGAUGGUCACAACCGGCACAUCGACCGCCCUCGAGGUGAAUGGGCGGAUGACCAAGAGAAGGCCGACAAGGACGCAGAAGCCAAGGAAAAGGAAAGCAAGACCGGUCGCGCUCAGCGUGUCAUCAAGCAUCCUCUCUUCCGCCCUUUCAACGCCGCCCAGGCGGAGGAGUUCCUUGGCUCUCAAGGUCGGGGCGAUGUCGUUAUCCGGCCUUCUUCCAAGGGAUUGGAUCACCUUGCUGUUACCUGGAAGGUGUCUGACAACAUCUAUCAGCACAUCGACGUAUUGGAGUUGGAUAAGGAGAACGAGUUCAGUCUGGGACGUACUCUCAAGAUCGGUGGUAAAUACACGUACAGUGAUCUUGACGAGUUGAUCGUACUUCACGUCAAGGCUAUGGCCAAGAAGGUCGAUGAGAUGAUGACGGACGAGAAAUACCAGAGUGGUAGCAGGGCGCAGACCGAGCAAUGGCUUACGACUUACACUGAAGCCAACCCCAGACGUAGCAUGUACGCGUUCUGCAUCAACCCGAAGUUCCCUGGGUACUUCCAUCUCUGCUUCAAAGCGGGCCAACAAGCUGAGCUCGCUUCCUGGCCUGUGAAAGUCAUCCCGAAUGCUUUCGAGCUUCAGAAGAAUCACUACCCAGACAUGCGUGCGCUGAAGAACGGAUUCAAGCUUCUCUUCGCCAAUAACGCCGCUAGGAAGCGGUAA